GCUUGCCAUACAACACUUAACAUAAACCAACGAAUAAACGCCAAUAUACAACAAAGACGAAUUCAAUCUCUAGUCAGGAAAAUUUAUAGAGUGUAGAGGUUGCGUGCCAAUUCAGUUCCGAUGACAUCCACAUCUGCGCGACUUCUCCACAUAGGCAAACGAGACCUGCACGUACUUUUUUCCGGCACCAAAGAAUAAUAAUAAGGCCUUCUGAUUCAAUAGAACGUAUGGUUACUUUCCAAAGAUUUCUUGUCCAUCAACAUGGAACAAAAUACUGAUUGCAACGCCCAACGCGGCGCUUCUGGAGCUUCCGAUGAACAGAUCGACAUUCCGGGCCUCUCAGAAAACACUUGUCGCGUUCGACAAAGCCAAUCCAUUCAUACUCCCGGAGAAAUCGUUUCCAAAGGGGGAGAGCAAAUAAUAGGCACGCCUAAGAAGCACGCCACAUCUUUAGUCGUGUCUCCAUUCUCGUUCGUCAAAUCGUCCAGCUUGUUCGGCGAUACAACGAUCAAUGACAUAAAUGAACGAAUAAAUGCCCCGCCGCCGAUUUACAAGAAAGACAGACGUGAGUCCAGCGAGGCCGACUCAAAAUCGGAACUCUCAGGGAAACCUGUAGUCAGCAAAACUAAGUUUGUGACAGGAAAUGGAAAAGGCAGUGUAACAAUUGUUCGAAGGAAAGGCUAA